AUGACUGGGGGAGAUGAACAUGCAGCGCACGCACUGAAUUGCCCUGAGAAUUACAAUGACAUCGGGAGCGGCUGCGUGCUCGCCCCCGCCGAGCGGUUGCCCGCUCCCGAGGCCCAGAGCCUGUGUCAUGACCUGCAUGGAGCGCUCGCUACCCUCGACCGCUGCGACAUUUUUGCGGACGCUGUGCACUACCUGGAGGAGUCAGGCGGGGUGAACGAUAGUUUUUGGAUCAGCGGCACAUAUUCAGUGGCGCGAGACGAAUGGCAGUGGCGGGACGGUCGUGCAGUCGCCAUGGGGGUGCCCUUCUGGGGAACGUCUGGUGGUGGCGCCUUGGAGCCUUCCCAAGGAAACUGUUCAUCAUUUUUCCACAAAAGUAAUCCCUACUUGGGAGCAUCGCCAUGCGACGAACAUUACUCGCCUCUCUGUGAAGAGCCACCAACUCUAGAGGGCCGUUGCAACGUGCCAUCCACGGCGGUUGGUAGCCAGUGUUUGAGAUUUGCUGUCAACGACACUACGUCCUGGGAAACUGCAAGAAUGAUGUGCUCGGCCAAUGAUGGAGACCUGGCAAGCUUCGGCAGCUGCGAGCAGUUCAGCGUAGUGGUUGAUUACAUACUCAAGCAUGAUUUGCAGUCAAUAAACGGAUACUGGGUGGGCGGCUUCCUAUCAGAUGAGAAGCCAGAAUGGUCCUGGGUUGACGGGUCUUCACUGCCUCUAGGAGUACCUUUCUGGGGCCAGAAUAACGCCGGUCAACUCCUUCCCAACAACUCGACAGUUGAACGCUGCCUUGAACUCGGCUCCGAAUAUCGACAUCGAUUCAACGAUCUCGACUGCCAAGAAUUGCGUCGGCCGCUCUGUAUGGCAGCUUCACUUAUCUGAUGAUACCUUGCAAAUAUUCAUCAAGUCAUUGGAAUAAUAUACUGCAUGGAAUAAUUUACUGCUUUACAUCAAGUCAUUCAGAUAUGCGCAUGGAUUCUGGGAGCAGCGGUGUUCAAAAGUUGUAUUGAUAGGAUGUGGUGUAAUUAUGGCAAUAAUUUUACCUCAUUUGGCCACUAAUAUAAUGAAUUUGAGUCAUUGAAGCCCAAACCAGUGCUGAAUCAUGUUGCCGAGGUAAGACUGAUACUUUGCAUAAUUCAGCCAAUUAAUAAUUACGCACAGUGAUGGUGUGUUUAACAUGCUACUAACAUAUAAGCUGUAGUAUUCCUGAAACUAAAAUUUGUACAAUCUCUGAAAAUUCUAGCGUCAUUUAUAAAUAGUAUGUUAUUUACUCUGAUUUUCAGCCAAGCUUUUGUAAAAAAGUGAAAUUUAGAAUCGAAUUGAUUGCGAUGUAUUUUAAAUCAAGAAUUUGGUUAAAAAAAUUUCAAAGAAGCGGCAGCGGGGUCCAGAGCUGACGGUGAGAGUUGGAAUGCUCGAGUAUGACUGAUCUUUUGCUGACUGUCUUCUUAGGAUGAUUGUCGUUCGACAGUAGAAAACUCGAAACUGACACCCGACACGGGCGGAUGAAACCCACAGGUUGAAUUAUUCUCGCCCAUGCCUUCUUAAUGGCCGUGAAUACUCAAUUGUCAUCGAUGACUCAAUAGUGGUCCGUCAAUUUAGUAUUUGCCUUGAAUCUUCAUAAAUUAUAUCGUAAAAUUUUUAAUCAAAUGCAUAACCAUUGUCAGCUCAAUUCCAUAAAUAAAUUAUGCUGAUAAAUUGUCAACAUAAUUUGGGGUUCGGUAAAACUUUCGAUACCGGGUUCAAUGAGCAGAUUUUGUUGUACACAUUAAAUGAAAUAUUUGUUUUUAUUGAAUAUAUGUAUAUAUGAAAACUCAGUCGCUCUGAAAGACUUUUUCUUUGCUUGCACAAGCAUCAUAGUAUCCUCAUGGUGGUCUCAAUUUGGAAUAAUAGCAAGAUAAAGGAAUUGAAUACCGAAAUAUGAGCCUGCAAAAUUCUGGUUUUCAAAAAGCACCGUAUAGCCAGAAAGAUACUUAAAUGCAAAAGCGUUUAAUUUGAAUUUAAUUGAUGCUGUUCACACACAUGAUAUGAAAGGCAAUGUGCUUUUUAAUAAUUUUAACAUUAGAUUAAUAUCAAAUAGGUUCUACAGUCUUUCUUUGGUACUCCAGA